UGUUGUGCACCACUAGCGCAUAUUACACACACACACACAUACACACACACUGGAUACUUUGGAACUUUCCCCAUCCUGGAGUAAUAACGUCGAGUUCCCAAACAAAACAAGAAACGUGACGUUUUUUUUUGUGUUUUUUUUAUUGGAAUACCGGAAUAAGUUAGCUCAUUGUCAGCAGUGGAUCCUAUUGGCUGGAGGAUGGUAGCAUGUAUGGAUUCAUAUUCCACGGUCUAAACAACGAAGAAUGACCAUGGAUUUUUCCCAACUGCACACAUACGCGCCGCCACAGUGUGCUCCGGAGAACACCGGCUAUACCUACUCCCUCAGCUCCAGCUAUUCAACCGCAGCAUUAGAGUUUGAGAAGGAGCACCAGAUCGCUCCAGUGUACGAGUCCCCCAGGAUGUCCCGGCGGAGCUUGCGUUUGCAAACCAGUGCCAGUCACCAUGGUAACGACAGCCAGGGUGACUUCACGCAGAACCAGAGCAACAGUAGCUACACUACCAAGAGAGAGUCACGGACCCUGCGGAGUAGAAAGCUGCAGGCCAGUUCCACCUCCAUGUCGCUGUCCCUAAGCCAAGCUGCAACUCCGAGGACAACCUUCAGUUUCCUAGCUGUUAGUACCCCCAUUAACAGCAGCAGUAGAAGCAUUGAGGAAAGCAACUCUGUGCCUGAUGCCUCAUUGCACACGACUGCGAUGGACCAGAUGCACCUGAGGCAGCGCACCAUCACUAAAACCACUACAACUGUGGACGGCAACUGGGGCAUGACUUCUCACUCUGAGCAGAGCGCGUCAAGCGUCAACGGCGACAUCAGCGCGUCAAACUCUCACACAACGCUCGCCAACGGUUACGUCUGUAAAGACUGCUCCUUUCACUCUCAACAAAUGGAUUCCCACACCACACACUCGUCUUUAUCGACAUCACAUGAUGCAGACGUCUCCAAGGCGGAUGCGUUCUCCUACUCGUCGUCAUCACCCUUCACAAAUAUAUACUCCAGGGACAGGAGUCGCAAGACCAAGACGGGUGUCUUAACGUCCGUGUCCAAUACGUGUGUGCGCUUGAGCAAGAAAGUCCUGGCUCCCUUUGUGUCCUUCUUCACUUUGCUCUACAGCAGUGUGUGCUGGCUCUCUGCACGGACAAACAUGGCGCAAGAAAGAGGUGUGUUUGCAUCAUGUACAGACUCCAUGAGACGGACAAUGUCCUCCAGUUUGUCUCAAGUUUGGCUUUUAAAGCAAAACACUCUGGGCAGAUUGAUUGGCAACAAGUCAGAAGACUCUCAAGUACAAGCUCACUCAAGUUUCUGCGGGAGCAUGAAUGUAGUAAAUGAUCUAGCAAAUGAAGAUGCAUCACAUCUCAAUCUCAAUGGUUCCCUGUGUGAUGACUGUAAAGGGAAGCAGUUCUCUGAGACACAGACCGUCCUCCUCACACAGUCCUCCAGGUCUCAGCGCUUGGUGGGGGCGCUGUGGAGCCUACUGGCUUACACAGGUCACUGCCUCCUCCAGCCGGGUUAUUUUGUGGCGAGAGGUGCUAAAGCUUUGGGUUCAAGUGUUGGGACAAUGACACAGAGGAUCCUCACACUAUUGUGGACGGCUGUAACAGCACCAGUGAAGGCGGGCCGGAGUCUGCUGUGGAUUCUUGCCACUGGCUGGUACCAGCUCGUGUCCCUCAUGUGUAUUCUCAAUGUCUUCUUUCUGACACGAUGCCUUCCCAAACUCUGGAAGCUUCUCCUGCUUCUUCUGCCCCUUCUGCUCCUCUUAGCUUUGUGGCUGUGGGGUCCGUCCACCGCUGCCCUCUUAGCCUUCCUCCCAGCCGUAAACAUCACUGAGUGGCGUCCUUCCUCUCCCAUUACUUUCUUGUCCAACUUGGUGCCUGCCGCUGCUCCAAUUCUUUCACCAAGACCAGAGUCACCAAUUGCUCAGACACCAGCCACAACGGUUUCUCAGGCACCACCAAUUGUUGUCCCGAGUCUGGACUUGGAACGCCUUGAACGUUUGGAGCGCCAGCUCGCCCUUUUGUGGGAACGAGUGCAACAGAGUGACGAGAAGCAGGAGAAGCAUCACACGGACAUAUUGAGUCUGUACAACAGCCUGAAGGAGAAGCUCCACACCGAGACAGACAGGGAGAGACUGGGCUUGUGGGUGUCAUCCCUGCUCGAGCAGAGGUUGGGCGUGCUGCGGGGAGAUCUCAAGCAGGACAGCAUACUCAGAGUGCAGAGCGAGGAGCAGCUGAAAGUGCUUCAAGAGAGUCAAACAACACGCUUAGCUGAUUUGGAAUUGCUGCUCAGCGCUUUGGCUUCCAAGACUGAGGGGGUGCAGCAGAAACAGCGGCAAUAUGAGCUUGAGAAAGAGGACAUGAAAAAGGAAUUUGUCGCUCCGGUAGAAGACACACCUCCCCUUAGUGUGUUUGUGCAGCAGGAGGACCAUGAUGCUUUGCUGGCAGAGGUACAAAGACUUGAGUUGGACCUGGGCAGAAUCAAGCAGGACCUGCAAGGUGUUAUGGGAUGUAAGGGCAAGUGUGAGCAGCUGGACUCGCUGCAGGAGACGAUAACUGCGCAGGUGUCCUCCCAGGUGCGUAAGGAGUUGCAUGCUCUGUUCUAUGGCAGCGGCUCGUCGGGAGAGGGUCAAGGGGAGGUGCCAGAGUCUCUGGUCCUCUGGCUUUCUCAGCGCUACGUGAGCACGCCCGAUCUGCAGGCAUGGCUCACCUCUCUGGAACAGAGAAUCAUGAGGAACGUGUCCAUGCAGCUGGAGCUUAACCGAGCUCAGACUGUCAUUGAGACAGAGUACAAGGCGUCUUUGGCGCACACAGUGACCGACUCUGUGCAUAUAGCUGCUGCAGCCGAAGGGCUGACAGAAGAGCAUGUAAAGCUGAUUGUCCAGAAUGCGUUGAAGCUCUACUCUCAGGACAGGACUGGUCUGGUGGACUAUGCUCUGGAGUCUGGAGGUGGCAGUAUCCUCAGUACUCGCUGCUCUGAAACGUAUGAAACCAAGACGGCCCUCAUGAGCCUGUUUGGUCUCCCACUCUGGUACUUCUCCCAGUCGCCGCGAGUUGUCAUCCAGCCUGACAUGUACCCGGGUAACUGCUGGGCUUUCAAAGGCUCGCAGGGUUAUCUGGUGAUCAGGCUUUCACUAAGGAUCAAGCCCACAUCCUUUUGCUUGGAGCACAUCGCCAAAGCCCUGUCACCGACUGGAAACAUCACCAGCGCCCCUCAGAACUUCACAGUCUUUGGUCUAGAUGAUGAGUAUCAAGAAGAGGGCGAUUUGCUUGGUCAUUACACUUACCAGGAAGAUGGAGAAUCAAUGCAGAUUUUCCCCGUUCAGGAGCCGACUGCCAAGGCCUUCCAGAUUAUAGAGGUGCGCGUGUUGUCUAAUUGGGGACAUCCAGAUUACACCUGCUUGUAUCGCUUCCGAGUCCACGGAGAGCCAAGGCCUCAGUGAACCAACUACCACUAUAUAUACAUGCACACUCUCAAUAUAUUUUUAAAAAACUCAACCUAUCUGUACAUAGCUCUUCCAACUCCUGAGGUGAAGACGCUCUGAAGUUCCUGUUGAUGUUUAUAUGCGAGAGAAUAUCCAAAAGAUUGUCGAAAGAAAGUAAGCCAAACUGGAUCACGGAGGUGGGUUUGUGUUGCUGAAAUACUCACGAGGAUGUCUGCAUGAGUGAACAAAAGAAGAUUUGAAGUCCAAAUCGUGUUUUCCUCUUGCACUGAAUCAACACAUGAGGGCACAAGACAGAACAAUUGGAAAGGAAUUAGGACAUACCGCAUCCCGAUCUCAUUUGGGGUGUGUUCUAAGUCAUCCACAAUAAAUGUUUCCUCUUGUAUUUUAAUUUGGGUGGCUGGGCAUCAUGCCACUUGUUUUGGGUUUGUCAGAAAAUCUGAAUGUUUUUCUACUUUGGAGGCUUGAUGCAAGUCCCCCUUUAAGCGCACUGCAGCACUACACUGAACAAAAAUAUAAAUGCAAAUCUUCUGUUUUUACUCCUAUUUUUCAUGAGUUGAACUCAAAGAUCUACAACUUUUACUAUGUACACGAAAUACCUACUACUCUCAAAUAGUUUUUCAUAAAUCCGUGUUAGUGAGCAUUUCUUUUUUGCCAAGAUAAUCCAUCCCACCUCAUAGGUGUAGCAUAUCAGGAUGCUGAUUAAACUGCAUGAUUAUCGCACAGGUGUGCCUUAGGCUGCCCAUAAUAAAAGGCCACGCUGAAAUGUGCAGUUUUAUAACACAGAUGAUGCAGGUUUUGGGGGAGUGUGCAAUUGGCAUGCUGACUGCAGGAUUGUCCACCAGAGCUGUUGCCCAUUACCGUAUUUUUCUGAGUAUAAGUCGCACCUGCCGAAAAUGCAUAAUGAAGAAGGAAAAAAACAUAAAUAAGUCGCACUGGAGCCCGGCCAAACUAUGAAAAAAACUGCGACUUAUAGUCUGAAAAAUACGGUAAUUGUUCAUUUCUCCACCAUAAGCAGUCUCCAAAGGCGUUUCAGAAAAUUUGGAAGUACAUCCAACCGGCCUCACAAACGCAGACCACACGUUACCACACCAGCCCAGGACCUCCACAUCCAGAUUGUGCAUUUCUCCACCAUAAGCCGUCUCCAACGUCGUUUCAGAGAAUUUGGAAGUACAUCCAACCGGCCUCACAAACGCAGACCACAUGUUACCACACCAGCCCAGGACCUCCACAUCCAGCAGGUGCACCUCCAUGAUUGUCUGAGACCUGCCACCCGGACAGCUGCUGCAACAAUUAGUUUGCAGAACCAAAGAAUUUCUGCAGAAACCCGACAAACUCUCAGGGAUGCUCAUCUGCAUGCUUGUCGUCCUCAUCGGGGUCUCGACCUGACUGCAGUUGGUCGUCGUAACUGACUUGAGUGGGCAAAUGCUGAUAUUCAAUGGCGUCUGGGAUGUUGGAGAGGUGUUCUAUUCACGGAUGAAUCCCAGUUUUUACUUCUGGGCAGUUGGCAAACAGCGUGUGUGACGUCAACCUUGAUGUCAACGUUGUGAAUUGAGUGGCCCAUGGUGGAGGUGGGGUUGUGGUAUGGGCAGGCAUAUGUUACGGACAACGAACACAAUUGAUAGCAUUUUUGCAUGCACAGAGAUACCGUGACGAGAUCCUGAGGCCCAUUAUUGUGCCAGUCACCCGAGACCAUCGUCUCAUGUGGCGGCAUGACAAUGCACGGCCCCAUGUUGCAAGGGUCUGGGUGCAAUUUCUGGCCAGCAUACUCACCAUACAUGUUGCCCAUUGAGCAUGUUUGGGAUGCUGAGAAUCGGCGUAUACGUGUUCCAGUUCCUGCCAAUAUUCAGUAACUUCGCACAGCAAUUGAGGAGGAGUGGACCAACAUUCCACAGGCCACAAUCCACAACCGGAUCAACUCUAUGCGAAGUUGAUGUGUUUCACUGCAUGAGGCAAAUGGUGGUCACACCAGAUACUGACUGCUCUUUGACACCCCCAGACCUCAAUAAAGCAAAACUGCACAUUUCAGAGUGGCCUUUUAUUUUGGGCAGCCUAAGGCACACCAGUACAUUAAUUCUGCCGUUUAAUCAGCAUCUUGAUAUGCCACAUUUGUGAGGUGGGAUGGAUUAUCUUGGUAAAGUAGAAGUGCUCACUAACACAUAUUUGUGAACAUUUGAGAGGAAUACGUCUUUUGUGUAUAUAGUAAAAGUUUUAGAUAUUUGAGUUCAACUCACGAAAAAUGGGAGAAAAAACCAACAUGUUGCGUCUAUAUUUUUGUUCAGUAUAUAAACCACUGACCUAAGGAGCUCUGUACAUUAGCCAGCAUUGAUAUAGCGUGUGUGUGCUUAUGAAAGGACUUUGAGGAUUGCAACCAGCAUGUGGCUCUUCCUGACCUACUUUUUUUAAAUGUACAUUUUCAUGAGUGUUCUCUAUGAAAGACAUGUGCCUAGAUCUCCAAUUGGCAAUCAGUACAGAAAGGUUAACCUCGAGUUGUCUCCUUUCUCGGUUACUGCUUCCCUUUAUCCGAAGCCCAGACCGAAUGUAAUCUGUACAUUUGUAUUGUCUAUAUAGUUAUCUGCUUUUACAAUGUUGAUUUAUAUUAAAAAAAAAACGUUAUUAUUGUAUAACCAUUAUUUACACUGUUACUCAUGUUUUUUUUUGUUCAUUUGUUUUUAGGGGUUGAUAAUGUUUUGUAUGGAUGCACUGCAGAAGAUGCCAUCGAGAGUUUGUUUAAAGAACUUAGAUUUUUAUUUCAAAUAUACAAGAAUACCUAAAAUAUGUACAACUUGUUUUUUCACAGUCUUAUUUAUUAAGUCAAUUGGUGACUGCAGAAUAUAAAUUGAUGCAAUGUAUAUUUUGUCUAAAAAGCUCUUCAGUGCAUUUUGGAAGCGUCUUGGGGAUUUUUUUUUUUAAAGAUAAAUUGCUAUUUUUGUUCUCAUUUAAGACAACUGUUCUGGAGUAUAUUCCAAUAAAACAUUUAA